AUGACAGGCAUUACAAUCCAACGCGUUGAAGAAGCAGAUACAGAGGAGGUCAUGAAAUUAUUGAGGAGAACGUUUUUCGUCCAUGAGCCGUUGAACAAUAAAGUUGGAUAUUGCAAAUCAGAAAGUGACGAAUGCAUUGAUCUUGAUCUCUACUGUCGCCACUGUCUUCCCGGAAUAUCUUUUAAGGCUGUUGACAUAGAUGGAAACAUCAUUGGAGUUCUUAUUAAUGAUGUUAGUUCAGUGAAAGAUCCAUUGGACUUCGAUAUGAUAUUGAGCACGACAGUUAGUCCAGCUUUCAAGAAGAUUAUAAACAUGUUAAAAAUUCGUGAGAGCGGAGCAAAAUUAAGUGAAAAGUACCCAAACGACGAGAACCUGUUAGAAAUAAAGCUCGCGGCGACAGAUGCGAAUUGGAGAAAUAAAGGUGUCAUGAAUGAGCUCAUGCAAGAAACAGAGUAA